AAUGGGGCAAGGCAAAUCCAAAACAAAAACCCUUCCGAAAGAACCAGAGAGAGAAUCAUUUAAGUAAAGAAAAAAACACCCAUCCCCUUUCUCUCCCAAUUCCCGAACUUUAAUCAAAAUUCGAAUCUUUGACAACUAAUAAACAAACCCUAAAUCAAACAUGCACACUUUUCAGAUCUAACCAACCCCAAUGCCGACCAAAACCACCGCUACCUACGGUGCCAUCGGAUCUCCCUCCACCGCCACAUACCAACCCCCACAAACCUCCAAUCUAAUCCCAACUCCCCGCUCAUGGGGCGAGUUUCUCGACAUCUCCGCCCUCUCCCGUCCCCUCUCCUACGACGACGCAAUGCUCCGUCUCCGUCAAAAUCUCACCUACUUCCAGUUCAACUACGCCUCCGUAAUGCUAUUAAUCGUCUUCCUCAGCCUCCUCUGGCACCCGGUCUCCAUGAUUGUUUUCUUGAUUAUCCUCCUCGCGUGGUUCUUUCUUUACUUCUCCCGUAAUGGUCCCCUUGUUAUCUUCGACAGAACACUGGAUGAUCGAAUUGUGCUUUGCCUUUUGGGUCUCGUUUCUGUAAUUGGGCUCGUGUCCACUCACGUUGGCCUCAACGUGUUGUUGUCGUUGAUAGUUGGCGUUGUUGUUGCGGGCUUGCAUGCGUCUUUUCGGGUUAUUGAGGAUUUGUAUGUUGAUGAGGAAAGUGGCUUGCUUUCUGUUGUUGGGGGAACCCAACCUCCUCCUGCAAGAACAAAUUACACAAGGAUUUAAUGAAGAAAGUGUUUACGGUUUCACGGUUAGUUUCAGUUUCUAUGAUUUGAAAGGUUUGAAGUAUUGCAUUGUUGGGUUAAUGGUUCUGUUAAGAAGGGAAAGUAGACUUCAAAACUGAGUUAAUGGUUCUGCAAUGAUGAAUUGAUCGAGCUAAUGAUGAAUUCAUUCAGUGACUCUUUUGUAUUGAAAAAAUUCAAGCUGUUAUGUUACUUUGGUUUAUCCUUUGCGGAUGAGAUCGUAACAAUCUUCAUGUUACAAAAGAAUUGAUCGAAUUGAAAUGGAAUUAGGUUUUUUUGUUAAUCUCUGAUUAAAUAGAUUUGAGUUUUGUAUGGAAGAGGGUCUGUUAAUGUAGAUGGUACCAUGGGGGUCUGUUUUGGUUCAAUUUUUCAACAUUUUCUGUUUACCAGUUCUAAUUUUGCAUAUGAUUUAAUGAGUUCUGGGAUUUUGUUCCACAA